CACUUGCAAAGUACUGCUGUUGACACACAGGAAUCCAGACCCACACACACACUCAUGCUCGUUCUCCCUCAUUGGUGAGAAGGACUCUCCUCUGAACCAGACGACAGCUUGUGCCUCUCUCUUUUUCCUCUGCUGGCAGGUGUUAGAAAUAAAACCAUAAAUAAAAGUACGAGGGAGCCAGAGACAGCGCGAGAGAGCAGGACAAAUGUCUAUCUUCCUUUGUUGCUGGAGAGAGGGGGAAAUAUGAGGAAAAGGGAACAAUAUGAAGGAGAAAUCUGUUAGUUAGAGUAGCUGUCAACUGCAUUUUUGUGUGUGAAGGGGAUUGAAGAGAACACUCGGAUCAUCUGGGCUCAAGCUGCAGCAUUGUUGCUUGAGUUUGAGUGCAGCUGAGGGGAAACAAAGUAACCGAGAGGAACACAAGGCAGUCAUGGACACUACAACACCUGGAUGACUUGGAAGUGCACACUGGAGUUGGACCCUAUCCUGCCCACAGUCCACUGAUACAAAUGAGUGUGCAUGUGCCUCCUAAGCCAUGCUCCCCGGCUAUGGAUUCUCUCCUCUCCUUGAUUUCCAGCCUCACCUCCAAGCGUUCCAUUGCAGAGUCGAGAGCUCUGACAUGUGGUUCCCAGGCUCAGUCGAGACCCAGGCUCUAAGUGACUCUCGGGAAAGUAGGCCUCUCCUGCAACAGCAUCAACACAUUGCUGUGUGUCAGCAAGAGACGUUGGCCUUCAUUGAUCUUCAACAGUCAAGCGUUAAUGGUGUCCAAUCAUGCACACCGGAAAACUGUUCCUCUCUUUGCUCCAAGCCUGUCAGAUGCAAUGGAAGCAGUCCAUCUGAUUUUGCCAAUAAUGGGAGUACAGACACAACGCUGGACAAUUAUUUGACCAAGGAUAGCAAUAAUGUGGAAGGGGUUCAUGAUCCAACGUGGACACCCAUUACUUCCUCACCUGAAACAGUUUAUGAAAAACCUGAACCAGGAGUUAAGGGACUCCGUUCUCGAGACUUGUUUCUGCCUCUGUCCUCUACAUAUGUACCCGAGAACAGGAACUCUUUGGAGCCUCAACAGCAGAGCUCCCCUUCUUCCCCCUUGGAGUUUCAGAGUUCUGACCCAUUUCGCCCUCAAAGACGCACAUCUUUGGGAUCUAUAAAGGAGAAGUCCAUAAGGCGUAAGAUGAGGGUGUACUCUCCAGACACUAUGAAUGAUGGGUCUCUCAGUAGCCCAGGUGUGGAGUGUGAUUACAUGCUUCCAACAUCCUUCGAAUCAUUCGUAGAAGGAGGCCUUGGAAUGGUGGGUUCUACCAUACCCACAUCCAGUAGUUCCAGCUCUCUCCCAGGGGAAGAUGAGGACCUUUCUCUUCUUUCCUUACCGACGACUCCAAAACCUUUCUUAGAUCCCCUUCAGGAGGGUGCCAGAUUGGAGGGGGGUGUGAAUGAUGGGGGGAGGCAGAGGUUGGGCCUGGAGGACUGCGGGACUCUGAAAGACCCUGCCUUUAACAGUGGGACCUCGCUGCCUCUGUCCCGUUCUCGCUCAGCAGACAACGAGCGCCGGCGCUUCUCUGCCUCUGAGCUAAUUUCUCGUCUUCAACUCUCCCAGAGGAAAAACUCUUUUACCCUUAAGCUAGGCAAGUCUCUUUCUGCUCGUGUGGCCUCCCGGGACCGCCACCUGUCUGGAAACCUCAGCUCAGACUACAAACCCAGCUCCAGACAUCGCUUCUCAGGGGGAUCAAGUGACAGUGCACCACAUUGUCCAGUGGGGUCUGCACCACCUCUGCCCUCUGCUGACUGUAAUCUGCCACAGCAAAGGAGAAGUUCCAAGCAAAGUAUGAGAAAGGUUUCCAUUGAUGAGGAUGGAGAGAGUCCUCCUAGUAGCUCUAAACGCCUGUCACGCUUCUUGCCAAACUUAAUCUUGUAUCAGGAAUACAGUGACGUUGCUAUAAACAGAGAUAUACAAAGGCAGCAGGGGGCGGAGCCAGGAACCGAUGAGGAAAGAGGAGACUCUGUGUCCACUGGCAACCUGUCUCCAUCCAGUUCAUUCCGCUCAUCUCGAGGCUCCGCCUUUUCCCUUUGGCAAGAUAUUCCUGAUGUUCGUUCCAGUGGACAACUUGACAACUUCAGCAAUGAAGAGCGUAAACUACAGGAGGCCAAGUUUGAGUUGGUGACGUCAGAGGCCUCAUACAUACGCAGCUUGUCUAUUGCAGUUGACCAUUUCAUGAUAUCUCCUGAGCUGUGUGAGUGUCUUGGGACACAGGAGAGGCAGUGGCUCUUCUCCAAACUGCCUGAUGUAAAAGAAGUCAGUGAGAGAUUUCUUCAAGAUUUGGAGCACAGGUUAGAAGGAGACAUUCUGCGUUUUGAUGUGUGUGACAUUGUUCUUGACCACUGUCCUGCACUGCGGAGGGUUUAUCUGCCUUACGUCACCAAUCAAGCCUAUCAGGAACAGACCUACCAGCGGCUAUUGCAAGAGAAUCCCCGUUUCCCUGGAAUUCUUGCCCGCCUGGAAGAGGACCCAAUAUGCCAGAGGCUGCCUCUUACAUCAUUCCUUAUCCUUCCUUUUCAAAGGAUCACACGCCUCAAAAUGCUAGUGGAGAAUAUCCUAAAGAGAACAAUGCCUGGAUCACGAGAUGAGGACACUGCCACCAAAGCACUUAAUGAGCUCAAAAAGAUAAUAAAGGAAUGUAACUCCAGCGUGCAGUCCAUGAAGAGGAUGGAAGAACUAAUUCAUCUAAACAAGAAAAUUCACUUCGAGGGGAAGAUUUUUCCUCUCAUCUCCCAGUCUCGUUGGUUGGUCAAACAUGGUGAACUGCUAGAAGUGGACACGCAGAACUUGAGUAUUUCUGGGUCCAAGUUUAAACUUACCACUCGGCCUGUGUACCUUCACCUGUUUAAUGACUGUCUUCUGCUGUCCCGGAGGAAGGACACGUGGAAAUUUAUGGUGUUUGUACAUGCAAAGAUUGAGGACCUCAAGGUGAAAGAUCUAAGCCAGAAACUUCAGGGAAUCUCAGGCUUCAUCUUCUAUCUGCAGUUAUGUGAGGGCCAACAGUUAAAACACCAGAUUCUGCUCAAGUCACCCACAGAGAGCAGCAAACAGAGGUGGAUAACAGCCAUGUUUCCCUCCGAUCCAAAGACAGCUAUUGAGCAGACCAAUGAGAAUGAUGAUCGAUCUCAAGUCCAGUGCAUCAAGAGCUACCAGUCUCAGGAGCAUGAUGAGUUAACGCUGGAGAAGGCAGAAAUCCUCCAAGCUGUAACAAUUACAAGUGAUGGGUGGGUAGAGGGGAUCCGGUUGUCGGAUGGAGAGCGGGGCUGGUUCCCCAAAACUUAUGUGGAGGAGAUCACAAGCCGCAGUGCUCGUUUGCGAAACCUCCGUGAAAACAUUCGCAUUAAAUGUGUCUCACAAAAACUAGAGGGAGAGACUCUCUGAGACCUUGAAGUAUGGAACAUUGUUUUACUUAAAGGGUUAGUUCACCCAAAAGUGAAAAUUAGCCUUUGUUUUACUCACCCUAAAAAGCAUCAUAGGUGUAUGUGACUUUCUUCUUUCACACAAUCAUCAUGAUCAUCCAAUCAGAGUUAUAUUAAUAAUUGUCCUGGCACCUCCAAGCCUUUCAAUGGGGGUAAACCUUAGGGCUAAAAAGUUUUUAUUACAUUCUAAAUAUCGAUAUUUAUCAUACAGAAAAACAUGGAUUCGCUACAGGAUGCCUUUAUUCACCCCCUGGGUGCUUCUCCACCCCAAUUCCUCCCCUAAAUCACCAUAUAUGGAGCUAACAAUGCCUAGUUUUACUAUGCAUAACCUCAUCUGCAUAUAAUUUCUAUGCAUAUUCCCAUCCACGUGACAUCAUAUUUAACACCAUAAAAGGGGAUAUGGACUAUAAAUGCUAUUUGUGCCAUACGCAAUUUUUAUUGCAAAAAAAUCUAAAAACAAAACUGUUUAAAAUAGUUGUCAGAUAAAUAUUUUAGAAUAUAGUUUGUCUCAUUCCUUUCCACUGGCCGAGUAGUAUUUAAAUUGUUUUAAACAAUUAAAGUAACAUUUAAUUUAUCCAGUUUUACUGAUAAGGUGAACAUCUUUUAGUUUUUAGCCUAUAUUUAUUGCAGUGUAAAUAGAAUUGUCUGACUCUGCGAGUCACUGACAAAGUAGCCUAUUUUAAAAAGAAAACAUGCAAAUUUCCAUUUUCUUGUUGUAUCCUUCAGAUACAGUGGUAUUUUUCAUAAUGUUGUAGAGUUAACUUCACACGACAUCAACACCUCUGUGGCAGCUGCGGUUGUACAGUAAGCUAUUAUCGUUGGACCCAUUCAAACCGGACAAUGGAACAUUCAAUGACUGAAUCCAGCAGUGUCCCCCAUAAUAUCGAAGUAAGUCCACGUCAUCGAUCGUUGUUCUCACUAAAAUAUUUUUGCAUAGAAUGAGAUCUGCAGUUUAGUUUAGAUGAAUUGUUGUGCAUCUUUAGCACUCCUCGCUGUCAUUAAAACAGUGUGAAACAGGAAAAGUGAUCAAGCACAUCCACUAAAUAUGUCUAAAUUCAUAUAAUUUUUGUUUAACUUCUGCAUAAUGACUUUAUGUAUUUUCAGGGCUUAUCUCCAUUAAUGAGAGUGGAAUAUUUAAUGUAAAUGUGUAUACUGAAAUGAAAACAGAUUUUAAAAACGUUCCUUACUCCAUUACUUUUCUCACGCCAGGAAAAAGUAGUAGAGUGCGUGGUCUAGAAUGUCCGUAAGGUGCGUACAUAUUUAUGCCAAGUUUAUUUUUUAUAAAUCCCAAUAUGUGCAUACAAAAUUGCAUAUGCAAUUUCUAUGCCUAUUUUGUACGUACGCAACGUUUAUAAAUGAGACCCCUGAACUGUUGAUAACCAACACCCACUUGGGAGGUUUGAAGGGGCCAGGAAAUAUUUCAGUAUAGCUCCGAUUGGAUUUGUCUUAAAGAAGAAAGUCACAAAUACCAAGGAUGCUUUGAGGGUGAGUAAAACACACCCAUUUUUGGGUGAACUAACACUUUAAAGCAUCUUGCAUCUUCUUUAACAAUCCAGAGUAAAUUUGUACAUCACUGCAAAUUUGUGUGAAUAUUCCUUGGCUAACAUUUUAGCUCUAUUAAGGUAUGCUGUAAAAAUCUAAACUAUGCAUUGCAUUUAUGGAGGACAAAAAGUACCACAUGAAAAAAUCUAUUAAUUUAUUAAACUGAAAAUAAUAGUGUAAAUAAAUCACUUUGCAAAGUUUUACCAAUGUAUUUAAAAUAUUUAAUAAUUAAAAUCAUGGUUGAAUAUUAAGAUAAAAUAAUGUAUAAAUUAAAUUUUACAAAUGAUUUAAAAAAAUUGUUUUACAUAUCUAUUUUCAUUUUAAUGAAUUAUUGAUUUCUACCUUAUCUGAUGCUACUAGUCCUCCAAUCUAUCGGUAAGCCCCACCCCCUCAGUUAUUGUUGCUCCCUCGGACAUACAAACAGAGUUGCUCACUGUCUUACAAUGACACCUGUCAUUGUGAAAACCUUGUCCCACUAUGUUUCUGGACAAUUUAAACACAAAAGGACCACCAUUCAACUGGGAAUUAAAUAUUCCAUGGACACUGGAUAACUCGAAGCAAGGGUUUACAGAUCACAAUGCAAGCGGGAGAAGCCUCAUGUACACUGUACAUAAUAUGAGAAUAGUUUAUUAUUUAGACGUGUACGUUAGCAUGGAUUCACUAACUUAACUGUUAGCUAGUUUUAACCAGAGAUACCUUGCUGAAGUACAAGAUGACAUUAAUGUUCUGCUUGAGCAGCUGAAAAUUGUAUCUUAAUGAGUGUAUGACAAAAAGAAAAUGAAAGCUUUUUCUUCAUUGGGAUUGUUGUUGAAUGCUUAUGGACAUUUUUGCUUUGUUUUGUUUGGGUUUAGAAAAUGUAAUAAAUUCUGUUGCCCAUCCUCUCAGGAUACCUGGAAUAAGUGUUACAAGUGCCACAGGCACAUUGUUUUCUAAUUUUUGUAGCAUAAACACCAUUAAACCAAUGCGAGCUUCGGAUCUUUCAAUGUUUCUCUAUGGUGCUGAAACCUAAAGAUGUCUGAGUUCUGCAUCUGAUACUCGACUGCCAUUGGCUCCUCUGUGUUCAAGGGGAGGGGCUUACCGAUAGAUCAAUUAAGAGUUUUGCACUUCAGGAUUUAAGUAUCCCUAGCUCUUCAAGCGAUAUUACUUUGGUUACUUUCUAUGGCUCGCUUGCAAAGAAAUGCAUAUGUUGUUACUGCAUGUAGUGUGCUGCGCUUUCUGACAGUCUAUAGAUGAACAAUAUCAAAAUACAGCUGUCCUAGGCUCAAUGUGGGUGGAUGAAAUCUGGAUAUGUCAGCUGUUAAAUUGUUUAGCAAAAUAACAAGAUCCAAAUUAAAUGGGUUAGUUUUAGGUGGUAUAGCAGCCAUUUCACUCUAAAAGUCUAUAAGGACCUCUCUCUGACUUGGGGUAAAUAAAGUGCGAUGUCUUGUUAGCAGAUUCACUGAACAGCCACACAGUAAAGAUAAACGCUCGCUUUUACUAUUAAAAAAUUGGAACCAAAUUUUGGAUUUUUUUAAAAAGAUGUUGCUGUUGCAAAAUAAAUAUUAGUUUAUGCCACUGGUCUUCUGUAGAGUACUGGCAUAAUAACAAGAAGUGUUUUCAAAUAAUGAGCAUUAUUUAUGUCAGUGAUACUCCUGUUUGUGUAUUUGUUGUUUUGGUAAAGCAGAUUUUUUGGCCAGUUUCUUUGUGGAGUACUGAUAUCAUGAGCAUGUUAAAUCACAUCUGAAAUAUAAUCCUUUAUGGUGACUUUGUAAAUAAAUAAAUAAAUUCAUAUAUUCUAGCUGAAA